AUGACAGUCUUGGGUGAAGAGUGGUUUGCUGUUGGAGACAUUUAUUUCAGAAAGCUUCAUCUUUACGAUAUGCCGUGGGGUAUGGGAUUUUCAAUAUCACAAUUCAAGACAUCGAUUUGUCAGUAUUCUGGUUAUAUCGCAAUGUAUUUGGAUGGCCAAGCGGGAGCAAAACCUAUACUUCAAAUAUAUACAUCAUCAGGCAAACUCGUUUCCCAAAGUGUUUGGAAAGAUGCACCUGGUAUAUUGCUUGGUUGGACUUUGUCAGAGGAUUUAUUAGUUAUCCAAAAAACAGGAUUCACUACCAUAUUAGAUCAUCAGGGCAAGUUUGUUCGACGUUUUAGUAUGGGACCUGAAGCUGAAGAAAGAGAAAUAAUUAGUGCUAAGCUUUUUACCAUUGAUUAUAAUACAGGAAUAGCUGUUCUUACCGGUGGAAACCACAUAUAUAUAACUACCAGUAUCGAAACUCCACGUAUGCGACGCCUUGUAGAAUUACCUGGACCAGUAAAGUCUUUGUCACAUUGGACUAUUGUCACAACACCUCUUGAAACUGGAACACCUGAUUCUUUUCGAAGCCCAUGGGUGAUGUUUUCAAACAAAAAGAAUUUGUACCGAGCUGACUUUGGAACAGUUGAAGGUAUUGAUUUGUCAAAGCUUACUAGGUCAACUGGUUCUGAUAUUUACCUAUUGUCUAUAUCUUUGAAUAUGCAAUUUGUUGCAAUUUAUUUAACCAAUGGUGAAUUGUUAAUUACCAAUACACGAUUUACUGAAUUACAUUCACAUAUUGACUUGACCCAACGUAUAUCAGUUAUGUUGGUGAAUAAUAAUAAUUCAGCUAAUCAAAAAUUCAAUCAUCCUAAAACGAUGCUUUGGUUAACUAAUUCAGCUGUUGUGCUUCAAUGGAAUAAUUUAAUUGCUAUUAUAAGUACACAGUCAGAUAUUUAUGAAACAUUUUAUGCUGAUGAUAUAUUCUUAGCACAAGAGAUUGAUGGAAUUCGCAUUCUAUCACCUACAUCACACGAAUUAUUACAACGUGUACCAUCCCCAUUAGAAUCACUUGGACGUAUUGGAGCAUCGUGUCCAGCCACGUGGUUAUUGUCUGCAAGUAAGAGUUUAAAAAUCAAUUGUGGACGUACUAAUGAUUAUUUGUUGCCUAUUAAACAACCUAAUCAAAUGAUUGAUGCAAUAUCACACUGUAUUGAAGCAGCAUGUCAUGCAACUGUUGAUCCUAUUUGUCAACAAGAACUACUUGAAUCUGCUCAUUUAGGUCGAGGAUUAUUAUCAGCUAUGAUGAAUACUACUCCUAAUGCUACUAUUUCUUCUACCACUGAUACUAACAAUAACAAUACAGGUCAUUAUUCAAUUCAGGCUAAACUGAAAGAACUCGCGGAUCAUGCUGCAAAGGUUUGUCAAACUUUGCGUUUGUUGAAUAGCUUAGCUGUUCCAUGGUUAGGUAUUGCACUAACGUGGCGUCAGUUUCGUGAAUUAGGACCAAACAAAUUGUUUGAACGUUUAUUGAUACGCCGUCAUUACCCAAUGGCGAUUGAACUUGUUCGAAUCCAUCAAAAACAUAAAUGGCCAAUAAGCAUUCUAGAAGAAAGUCAAAGCAAUUAUGGGACAUGCACAUUUACUCGUUUACUUGCUCAUUGGGCAUGCAAUAGUUCUAUAACAUCUUCAGGAGCAGCUACAUUGAUAUCAGAACGGGUAGCAGCUAUUGUGGAUAAGUUAUUCAACAAUUCAUCAGAGAGCAAAUCUAAGUCUAGUAAUCAUCAUGCCAACUAUUACAGUACCUCUAUUCCUCAUUUGGACUUCGCUGAUGUAGCUAGUCAAGCUAUUUCAGCUGGUCGAGAAACAGUUGCGGAACAAAUAUUAGAAUAUGAGCCACGCGCUUGGCGUCAGGUACCAUUACUUUUAAAAUUAUCUCGUUAUAAUCGUGCAUUAGUUCGAGCAGUAGAGACUGGAAAUCCUGAACUAAUUACGACAGUUGUGGUAGCAUUGCAAGAGCAAAGUAAAUUACCACCGGCAGAUCUUGCAAUGGUACUUCGUCGGCAUCCAAUAGCUCUGGCCAUAUAUCAAGAGACAUUAGAACAAGCUGAUCAUUCUAAAUCUGGUUCUGAAAAUUCAACAAAAGCUGCUCUUUUAAAUUUUGAUCAUGAAAAUGAUCAUGCUUCAGAAGCUAAAAAAAUUGUUCUCUCAGCCUAUCAAGAAAAUAGUUUAGCUUCACGAUUGACAUUAUUACAAAAUGCUGAAGAGAUUUAUCGUCAAUCAAAGAAUGAUUUUAUGGCUCAGCAAUGUAACGCACAAGUUCGUCUAUUGAAAUUUCAAAGUAAACUUGAGAAACAAGAAAUAUCUGCUCCUGUCUUCGAAAUUAGAUCCAUACCCGGCUCUAAUCGUAUAUUACCCGAGGUAGUACAGUCUGGUAGUAUAAAUGAGAAGCUCUGGGUUGGUCAGUCGUUAAACACAACACUCAGUCGUUUGUUAGCUUCUGGGCAAUCCGAACGUCAAGCAGAUCAAUUACGCAGAGAAUUCAGAGUUUCAGAAAAACGUUUCGCUUUUCUUCGUGUUGUUGGUAUGGCAAUCAAUAAUGCAUCUUGGUUAGAAAUGGAUAAAAUGAUUCGAGCAAAAAAACCACCGGUUAAUGUUGAGAUAUUAAUCAAAAUUUGUAUCGACGGCAAUCGUAUAGACGAAGCGAUAAAACUAAUUUCUAAACUUCCACCUGAACGAACAGUCCGUUUCUGGGUUAUGACUGGGAGAAUCGAAGAAGCCAUUCAAGUAGCGGUUCGUGAGAAAUCAGAAUAUGAUUUAUUGUAUAUUCAGCGUGAAGUUGGAAAAACCAACAAAGAAUUAUAUGAUCGGAUUACUAAUCUACGAGCACAAAUUCAGUGA